UAUAAGCCGCCUCUGCCGACGGAUCCAUCAACAUCAACAUCCAAGAGCGCACCAGGGGGGCACGGGUGGGCGCGGGUGUGCUUGCACACCAACACGACCAUGCCUGAGGUUUGUGCACAUCGUGUCGCCUGCCGAGACAAUACAGCACAGAACCGUACGGGGUUGAGCGAGCAGCACGUUCCCCAAUUUUUCCGUCCCGUCCGUUGGGUGCGUUGAACCAGAGUUCCUCUUCCAUCAACACCGCAGAGGAGGGAGGAGGAGAAGAAGAGCUCUAAUCCCAGUUCUCCAGCUGUGCAUCUAGGCUGAGUAGUGUACUACCGGAGUCAAGUCACCGGAGGAUCUCCAAAGUCUUGAAGUGUGUGUGUGUACUCGCAGUGCAGUCCGUGUAGUUCCGUUCUGGUGACGGAACGGAAUAGAUGCCCGUAGGCGACCGGAAACACACACACGCAGCAGUUGACGCCGGGUGGCAAACAAUUAUGUAACAUCAGACAUCCGGGAGUAGAGCCUCGGGGACUCGUAACGGUCGGCGAACGACGCCAUCUUCCACAACAGCUGCCACAACAAUGGAAGCGUUCAUCAACGAGAUGGUGGAGCCGCGCGUCUUCGAUCUGAUCGUGCUGAUACUGCCGAAGUGGCGAUUGCUGCUGUAUAUCUUUCUGAUGAAUAUAGUGCUCUUUACCCCGGUGUACGUGUUCGGCGCGCUGGUAAGCAACGACCCACAGCUGAACCUCAUCUGUCCGCCCGUGCUGCUGAUCGGCUGCAAUCUACUGCACCGUGCCCUGUUUCGCUUCAGCAACGAGCGCAACACCCGCCAGCUACUGCUUGGGGUCGCCAUCCUCUGUCUUGGAAUCUCAGCGAGCGGGCUCGUUGCGCUGCUGUGUGCCACCCCGCACUAUCUACUGCUGGCCCUGCUGUACAGUGUCGUCGGAGGCUUCGGCUAUCAGCUGGUCUUUUCCCGCAUGUGGAAGGUGCUGGCCAAGAUCUUUAGCGCCCGCAAGGAGAUGUUCGUGAUCAAGUUUCUGCACUCGUGCGGGCAGGCCUCGAGCAUGCUGCUGCUCCUGCUCUGCGUGCAGCUGCCCUGGGAUGGGUACAUCUACGGUGCGCUGCUGCUACUGCUGGCCGGCAUAGUGCUGCACCUGCUGCCCCUGACGAUGCUAAUCGCGGGCGAGAAGGGUCGGCUGCGCAGCGACCUGGACGCGCUCGUGUGUCUCACGGAGAAGGGCAACGAGUCGUACUACGCGCACGUCGCGACCCGUGCCGUGCCGCUCGAGCCUAAGCAGGAGCCGUGCGCACCGGGCGAAGCACAGCCGAACGACCCGGAACCGGCCCGGAGCGUCACCAGCCUGACGUGGAAGAAUCCGGCCAACUUCAGCGCUCCACUGCGGGAGGAAGCGAAACGUGAACCACCAGCGUUCCUGACGAACCCAACGCUUGACUACAGCGGUGAGUAUGGAGAGUGCGAGGAGUCGCUGCUGUACCGACGGGAAGGCAAGUGCUACAAUCAAGACGGCGUCGAGAUCCUGGAGAUGAUACUGGAGGAGGACGAACCGGUCGGCGAGCUGCCGGACACAGCUACCGGAGCGCACCCACCGGGCGUAACCACGCACGAGACUGAUAGCGAUGCCGACACGCAGUCCACUGCCGACGCAACGGACGGGAAGUGGCGCUGGUUUGGCCAGCUGUGCGAUCUGUUGCGCGCACUCGAUCUUGGCUUCCGGCCUACCCUUAAUCUCCGGCUGGUGGCGUCCACCCGGAGCGCACUCGGCGAUCUGCGGUGCUGCAGCUGCGCCCUGCUCAAAGCGACCGACACCAGCAUACUGGUGCUGUUCCUCUGUAUCCUGCCCCGGCUGAGCGUGCACCACUACCAGCAGCAGGCCCGGGCCCGUCACAUGACCCUGCUGGCGGUGGUCGUGAUCUCAUCGGCGUGGGCCGGCGCCUCCCUGCUGCUGCUCUGCUGCGAGCUCCGGUUUCGCAAGCUGCACGGCCGGCUGCUCGUGUUCGGCCUGUUCUUCCAGUCGUUCGGGUACUUCUGCGUGUACACCACCAAGUCCAACUUCUGGAUCUUCGUCGGCUGCAUGCUGGUCGGUGUCGGGCACUCGAUCACCUGCGCGUACCAGGAGGCGGUCAUCAAGCGGCAGCUCGGUCAGCACCGGUGGGCCACGGCCAAGGCCGGCAUCGGGCUACUCGCCGGGGUGACCAUCAUUCUGCUGGCCGCGUUCGCCAACCUCUACUACGUGUACGGGCCGGUCGAUCAGCUGCUGCUAGCGCUGCUGCUCAUCUACAGUGCUGCCGGCGCCCUCUGGAUUGCCUGCAGCUGUCGGAUAUUCUUCAUCUAGCGGAUGUCUGUCCGGUGUCCGACUCGGGCAUACGCAGAAUUAAAGCAACCGAAAUAUACUACAAUCAACUCCUCCAAA